CAGAUGAGGAAACAUUAAACCAACUCAGAAUCUCAGGUGAUGCAAUGACGUGUGAGGUUAAGCACAGACCAGAAAAAGAGCAGGGAAACCAGCCAGGGGAGAAAAUGGAUAAAUUUAUUUCCUGUCAGGGAACUCAGAAGGGCCUUAAGGAAACCAGAAUACAGCAGGAAAUCUGCAGGGAAAAGCAAAAAAAUACAUGCGCUGAGUGUGGGAAAAACUUCACUUACAGAUCAGGCCUUUCUCAACAUCAGAGAAUCCACACAGGGGAGAGGCCCUAUGAAUGCCGUGAGUGUGGGAAACUCUUCACUCAAAGAUCAGCCCUUAUUAGGCAUCAGAGAAUCCACACAGGGGAGAGGCCCUAUGAAUGCCGCGAGUGUGGAAAACUCUUCACUCAAAGAUCAGCCCUUAUUAGGCAUCAGAGAAUCCACACAGGGGAGAGAUCCUAUGAAUGCCGUGAGUGCGGGAAAACCUUCAAUCACAGCUCACACCUUAUUCGGCAUCAGAGAAUCCACACAGGGGAGAGGCCCUAUGAAUGCCGUGAGUGCGGGAAAACCUUCAGUCGCAGCUCGCACCUUAUUGGGCAUCAGAGAAUCCAUACAGGGGAGAGGCCCUAUGAAUGCCAUGAGUGUGGGAAAACCUUCAAUCGCAGCUCUCAUCUUAUUCAGCAUCAGAGAAUCCACACGAGCGAGAAGCCCCGCGAAUGCCGUCAGCAGGCCUGCACAACUCGUAAAGCGGCGAUGUAGAGAAAUCUCUGUAUUAACUAUCUCUAUAAAUCUUUAUAACAUUGCAUUGUGUUAUUUUGUAUUAAGUAUCUUUCUGUAUUAAGUAUCUUUAUGACAUUGCAUCCGGCAUGAUGUUAUUUUGUAUUUCAUAUGACUUAGCAUUGUGCCUCUUUAUUUUCAUACAACUUUGUAUUAGAUCCUUAUAUAGAAAAUUGGUAGAAAACUUUGUAUCAAAUGUUAUAGCCCCUAAGGAUAGUAUAGUUAAAGUAAAAGAAAACGUGCCUUUUUGCUAGAAGUAGAAUAAGAUCUUCCCCCCCACUCUGUAAUCAAUUGCCCUAUUGACUGAAUGAGGUGUGAAUGAGUGAGGCUUGGAAGACACCCACCUCCAGACAGCUACAACAGUUGAAGAGGGAAUGGGAGCCAGAGCAAAGGACAAUACAACUUGUCAAGUGGGCCCAAUAAAGAAGAGCAGACAUAUUGAUGGCCUCAGGGAUUAGAAGCAAGAACCUUCUUUAGAAAACACCCUCUUUGAGCAGCAUUGGGACAACACCCAGA